AAUUACCUUAAGAGACAGCCCAUUAGAUAAGGACACACACGCACACCCCAUUAGGUAAGCAGCACCUCCACCACGACACACACACACGUGGCCCCCAUGAGAUAAGGCACACCCCCACCAACAUAUCACACAUACACAGUGUUAGAUAAAGGCUCCAUCCCCCUCUAAUAGGAGAGGAGAUUGAUAUAGACAGAAAAAAGGAUUCUCAAGAUGUCGCUCUCCUGCUUAGCUCGGCCCGGUUUAAAUAUUUAAAGCCAGGAUGGUUAUUUUUCCUUCCAUUGUGCAGUCCGGGAGUUCUGUCUUUUCUCUGACUCCAGCGUAGAAGAUUAGCAGUCAAGUCCAGGAUCGGACAGUUGUCUCCAGAGAACUCAUCCCGUCCACUCCAGGCUCCAUCACAAGGUGCUGAUAUGUAUACACAAUGAGUGGACUGGGGGACAACUCCAUGGAGCCUCUGAGCUCAGAAAACCGAAAACGCAAGCUCUCCACCUGCGACACACCCGGUCUGGGGUGUGAGCGGAGGCGGCGGGAGCAAGAGAGUAAAUAUAUUGAAGAGCUGGCCGAGCUGAUCUCUGCCAACCUCAGUGACAUCGACAGUUUCAAUGUGAAGCCGGACAAGUGUGCGAUCCUCAAGGAGACGGUGCGCCAGAUCAGACAGAUCAAGGAACAGGGCAAAGCGUCCUCCAACGAUGACGAUGUCCAGAAGUCGGACGUGUCCUCCACAGGACAGGGGGUGAUUGACAAGGACCACCUUGGGCCGCUCCUGCUGCAGGCCCUGGAUGGUUUCCUCUUUGUGGUGAACCGGGAGGGCAGCGUCGUGUUUGUGUCCGACAAUGUGACCCAGUACCUGCAGUACAAGCAGGAGGAGCUCAUCAACACCUCUGUCUACAACAUCCUCCAUGAGGACGACCGGGAGGAGUUCCACAAGAACUUGCCCAAAACCAACGUGAAUGGGGUGUCCUGGGGGGGGGAGGCUCCCCGACAGAAGAGCCAUACAUUUACCUGCCGCAUGCUGGUCAAGUUCGGCCACGCCCACGGACCUAUAGAGGAGGGGCCAGGGGGGCCACGCUACGAGACCAUGCAGUGCUUUGCCCUGACUCAGCCCAAGGCCAUGAUCGAAGAGGGUGAAGACCUGCAGUCCUGUAUGAUAUGUGUGGCUCGUCGUGUGACUGCUGUGGAGAGAACGGAGAGUUUCAACACACGACAUGACCUCUCAGGUAAGCUGAUCCAGAUAGAUCAGAACUCGCUGCGUGCGUCGAUGCGUCCGGGCUGGGAGGAACUGCUGAGGCGCUGCAUCCAUAUGUUCCUGCAGCAGAAUGAUGGACAGCCCUGGUCCCACAAACGCCACUAUCACGAAGCCUUCCUGCAUGGUCACGCUGAGACCCCCUUGUACCGCUUCUCCCUGUCGGAUGGUACCCCCGUCACGGCCCAGACCAAGAGCAAGCUGUACCGUCACCCCAUGAGCAACGAGCCUCAAGGCUUCAUCUCCACCCACCUGCUACAGAGGGAGCAGAAUGGCUAUCGCUCCACCCAGGGCGGGGGCAUGAUGCCAGGGCAGAUGAGGCAACCAGGCAUUGGGGGCCCCAACCCCAACACCCAAAUGAACAUGCCCCCCGGUGGAGGAGGAAUGGGGAUGGGGGUUAUGAACCGGGGCUACGGGCCAAUGAAUGAACAGAACCACAUGGGACAGAUGGGAAGUGGCUCAAUGUACGGAGGAAACGGAGGCAUGGGCAACCGAAUGAUGCAGAUGAAUCCGAUGAAUCAAAUGAACCAGAUGGGUCAGGUGAAUCAAAUGAACCAGAUGGGUCAUCAGAUGAACCACCCGGGUCCAGGAAACCACCCUGGCAUGCAGCACUCCCAGCAGCCCCCCUUCCAGAGCAGCGGGGGGUACGGACUGGGGGGUAUGAACAGCCCCAUGGGGAGUCCCCGGCUGAGUGGCCCCCAGCAGGGGCUCCUCAUGUCCCCUCGAAACCGAUGCAGCCCCAAGAUGGGCGCCAGUCAGUUUUCCCCUGGAGGUAUGCACUCCCCAAUGGGCCCUCAUGGAGGAAGUGGAGGAGGUGGCACUUCUUUCUCCAGCAGCUCCCUCAACGCGUUGCAGGCCAUCAGCGAGGGGGUCGGAAGCUCCCUCCCGUCCACCCUCACCUCCCCCUCCCCGGCCCACAAGCCAGACAGCUCCCCCAGCAUCCACUCCUCGUCCCAGUCCUCCCAACCCAUGCAGCCGGCCAAACCGGGCCCAGACGGCUCCAAAAGCCCCCCUGGACCCGGCGAGCACCACCACCCCCUACACCCCCACCACCACCACCACCCACAUCCCCAGGCAGAGAGCUCCGGAGAUCGGUUGGACAACCAGUCAGCGGCAGGCGGCAAGGAGCCCAGGGAGGGGGCCAGCGAGGCUGGGGUAGCCAGCUCAGAGCCCGCCCGAAGAGUUCCAGACAGUAAAGGCCAUAAGAAGCUUCUGCAGCUGCUGACCUCCCCCACCGAGGAGCUGGGGUUGGGGGGAAGUGGUCCGGCCGUGCCCUCUAUACAACCCCCGCCCACCAACCCUCCGGCGGGGUCCAACACGAAAGACCCGGCAGGAGGCAUGACCAGCCCUUCCUCUACCGGAGUGUCCUCCUCAUCCUCGGCAUCCGGCAGUCAGAGCCAGUCGUCAGGCCCCGGGGGCGCAGCUCUGGCCAACGCUCUAGCCUCGGCCCACUACACGGCGUCGCUGCAGGAAAAGCACAAGAUCCUCCACAAGCUGCUGCAGAACAGCAACACGCCCGACGAGGUGGCCAAGAUCACGGCCGAGGCCACUGGAAAGGUAACCCUGGGGGGUCAGGAGAUCCCAGGAGAGACCCCUGGGGGGGUACCGGCAGCUGGAGGAGUGACGGAAACCAAGCAGGAGCAACACAGCCCAAAGAAGGAGAAGACCCACGCACUCCUCCACUACCUCCUCAACAAGGACACUAAAGAGCCGGUGGACGUGAAGCCCAAGCCUAAGGAGUUAGAGGGAAAGGGGCCCCCAGGAGCCUCAGCCGGCCCCCCACCUAGAGGCCCUGGUCCCGGCCACACGCCUGAACAUCCGGAGAGCAAGAUCAAGUCUGAGCCACCUGACGAGUUGGAGAACCUGGAGUCGAUCCUAGGAGGUCUGAGGGGUUCUGGCUCCGAGUUUUACCCUGAACAGGGAGAUGGAGGGGCUAACGAAGGAGGAAACAAGGCCCCGGGUGGCCUCGAUGACAACCUACAAGGGAGUCCGGGGAUGCCCGUUGGCCGCUUCCAGAGGGCCAUGUCAGCGGAUGCUAAACCCCCUGGGGGUCCUGGAGGAGCAGGGAGGCGGCCCAUGCUCAUUAAACAGGAGAACAUGAUGGGCAGCCCAGAGGGAUACCCAGGGAACAUGGGUGUGUGUCCGCGAGGCGUUGGAACAAGGCCAAUGAACAGGGGCAUGGGGGUUCCACAGCGUUCUCCCAUGGGUGGUUCAGGGGAUUGGGGGAUGCCCCGCUCCAGCACCAGCCCGGUGGGCUCGGCUGGUCACCCCUCCAUGAUGCGCCCUGGCAAGGACUACAACUCCAAAAGCAUGAUGGGAGGAGGGCCCAUGGUUGCCAGGUCCAACAGCGUUCCAGGCACUAGGUCCAUGCUGCAGCAACAGCUAAUGGACAUGGGAGGAUCUGGUGAAAUGGGUAUGGGGAUGAGUCCGUUCAAUCAGCAGGGCCAACCCAACCAGUCUCCUUCCUGGCCCGACAGUGUGAUGGGAAUGGACAGCAACCACAGCAGGCGUCAGUUUGGUAACGCCCUGGAUGAGCUCCUGGCUCCACCCACCACCAGCGAGGGUCAGAGUGACGAGCGGGCACUGCUGGACCAGCUGGACUCCCUGCUCAACAACACGGACGGCAUCGCUCUGGAGGAGAUUGACCGGGCCCUGGGCAUCCCCGACCUGGUCAGCCAGGGCCAGGGGCCAGAGCAGCACGCGGAGCCCUUCCCAGGCCAGGACCCCUCCAUGGUGCUGGAGCAGAAGCCCCUGUACGGCCAGGGCUACCCCGGACCCCCCUCCAUGGCCAUGCAGUCAGCCUACGGCGGGGGCCCCAUGCAGGGACAGCCCCAACAGGGGGGCUUUGGCCCCAUGCUCUCCCAAAUGGGCCAGGGGGGCAGCUUCCCGGGGAUGGGGGGCAUGGUUCACCCCCGCAGCAACCUGAUGAGACCCAGGAUGAUCAGCGCAACCAAACCCAUGAGGAUGCAGCUUCAGCAGAGACUACAAGGCCAACAGUUUCUGAGUCAGACUCGGCAGGGGAUGGCAAUGAAGAUGGAGAACCCUGGACCAGGCAACCCGGGCCUGACUGCUGGCAUGAACCCUGGCAUGAGACCGGGCAUGCAGCCUGGCAUGGGAGGACAGCCUAGCUUCCUGAACUCCCAGAUGAUGGCCCAGCGCAGCAGGGAGAUGGUGACCAUGCAGAUGAGGAGGCAGAGGAUGAUGAUGAUGAUGCAGCAGCAGCAGGCGGCCGCCGCAGGGGGGUUCAGCCCCCCUCCCAACGUCACCGCCCCCGCCGGCAUGGAUGCCCCCAUGGGCGGGCCCAACAUGGGCCAGCCGGGCCCCCAGCCGUUUGGCUACGGGGGUAACUAUGGUAUGGGCCAGCAGGGUGACCCGUCAUUCGGCCCUGCCGGAGGCAGCCCCCCCAACACCAUGAUGUCAGGCCGCCUGGGUCCUCAGAAUCCCAUGAUGCAACAGCAUCCCCAAGGUGGACCCAUGUACCAGAGUGCUGAGAUGAAGGGCUGGUCGCAGGGAGGCAUGGGCCGCAACAGCUCCUACCCACAGCAGCAGUUUGCCCAGCAGGGUAACCCCGGGCAGUACGGGGGCAUGAUGAUGAACGGGGGCAUGCCUUCCAACGGAGGAGGGGCUCACAUGGGCCAGAUGGGCGGGCAGAUGGGGAUGAACCCCAUGGUGAUUGGACGAAUGCCAAUGGGGCCUGAUCAGAAGUAUUGCUGAACCCGAGAUGGAGGCUGCGCUGCACAGAAACACACUGUGAUCCUUUCAGAAACAUGAGUGCAGUGCUCAGUGUGUUCAAGACCAGAGGUGUGUGUGUGUGUGUGUGUGCGCGUGUGUGUGAGUGCGUGUGUGUGUGGUUUUCUACGCCUACCUAUCAGAGAUCAUGUGUUGUCUGACUGGAGGCCAGGGUUGGCAGUCUCACACAAGAAGGAAAACCAAACAGACAAAGCACACAUUAUUCUGACACACACACAUAUAUUUAAAGCAUGGACAUUCUGUGGCAUACAAACAACUACACACCAAAUCACACAUACAUGAAUGUAUGUAAAGGAGACAUGGUGUGACACACAAACACACACACACACUGUUAGACACUCCACUGUUGAAUUCCUCCCAUCAGUCUUCAUUGAUAUAGUUUCAUUAUUGUAUCUGGGUCGAGUUUCCCUGGUCUGGACACGUCACACACUGGACCAAACUAACUGAAGUGUAAACACACCUGAGAAUGAUCCAACGGAUGGACGGAAGGUCAUGAGAAGACGUCCCUGUGGGAUGCAUCUAGCAUCAUGCUGUGUUCUCCCCUGGGUUUAGGGACUCUCACUCUGCUAUGGAACGCCAUGGGAGAAGACUGUUUCCCAGUGUCUGCAGACCUGCUAUCCAAUCCAGUAGCUGAAUCCUAAUGAAGGACAUAAUACUAUGUAGUCCAUGGCUGGAGAAGGUGGGAGUUGCCUGUAACCACUGAGGCGGGAUCAGCUAUAGUUCCAUCCUCCUGAUGGUUAGGGUUAGGGACUGGUCCUGGAUCUGUGGCUAGGGCACCCAGUCAGGGGUACGACAGAAAGAAAUAGUAGUUGGCAGUGAUUGCACUUUACGGAAAGGCUGUCGUCGAAAGGAUUGUGGCAAUAUUUCUUGGUCAAAGAGGCCUUUACCCAAGAAUUAAUGCAUAAAUGCAAAUCUUGUUGUAAAGUUUUUUUAUUUUUUGUCUUUUGGUGUAUGGGGACUGUUUUGAUUGGAAAUGGAUUACGGCGACGAUCAUUAUGGAAAAUGGUUAACCAAUGGAAAGGCAGUAAGCACAUAUUUUAUACAACGCUUUCUUCUGCAGUGUGUUGAUUAUCAGGAAGUUUCAAUUAUUAAAGAAGAUCCUUAAAAUGUACUGAUUUAAUUCUAACACAGUGUGCACAAUUACUCUCAUAUUUAUACAAUAAUUCAUAAAUGUAAAUGAACAUUUUAAAAGCUAAUGUGUAUAUUGUAUUUUUAAUGAGGAAUUUAUAAGAUUUAUGUUCUUGGUUACUUGAUAGCAUUCAGUAAUUGAAUGAGUUGAUUCCUAAAGUAAUCCACACACUGUGAAAGAAAGGGUUUCCCUGAUUUUAGUGUAUGUUUAUGCAGAUUUCUAGCAAUAAUCCUUCCCUUGGUUCUCCAGUGAGGGCAAAGUGAAGCAUAAUGUACUCAAAGCGAUGGUACUGCAGUAUUAGGAUGUGAGUUGUCUCGUUUGGGAUUUUUUUCUUCUGUUUGUGAAUAUAAAUUGUAAAUACGCUUCAAAUGUAUUAUAUAUAUAUAUAUAAAUAUAUGCUUUUGUAGGUCACAUACUGUUUUUGCACAGAUUGUAAGGCUUGAUAUUUAAACUAUAAUUUUCUUAUUCUGCCGUAGGUCAAAACAGCUUUUAUUUUCAAUACUUCAACCAUGGGAGAAAAGGAAAUGGGUCUUUCUUUGAUCAGUAAUUAAAUAUUUUAGCUCGGUUUCUCUCAGAAAGCUACAACUGCCACUUUUGUUCGCUCCGAAGCACUUUUUUUAUUUGUGAUCUUGAAAUCAUACAUUUAUCUUUUUCAAAGACAUUUGCAUAGAAUUAGAGGCACUUGUGUGAUCCUUUCCUUUUUAUAUCAAUAUAUUUGUAAUUCAGAUGAGCAAACAAACACAAAAUUCCUAAAAGUGGGUACAUGUGAUUGUGUUAGGCUGACCGGGUCCAUGGUUCUGUUCCGUGUGUGGGUUGAUAUUUUUAGAUGGGGCCCUUUGUGUCCACUGGCUCUAGAUCCAUUCCUUAUGUCAUACUCUGUUAUUGAUUAGAAGACCAUGUGCUCACAGGUAUACUAUUAGACAACCCAGAGCCAUUGCAAUAUCCAGACUGCUUUUCUAGUUUUCUCCCCUUCCAUUGGGCACAAAUUCUGGGUUGUGCUGGUCAGCUUUACUUUAUGUAGUUCUUCUGGUUUUGGUCUUGAUCACUGCAGUUAGUUCUAAUUGUGACUUUUUUCAAUAGGAAUAGUCAGCCCAUACUGAUGGAGGCUGGCUACUCUACAUGGUCAUUUGGAGUCAAUCUGUCUGGUCUUUGAAGGUUACUUUUGGACAUGAUUUUGUGAUUACAUGUUGACCCUUGAUAUUUGCCUUUAAUUUGUUUUGUUUUUUCAUGAAGCUUUGUGGAAAAUGUAUAACAUGCUCAAUCCAAAGAUUUUUGUUCUUUUUAAUUCUGAAACUGGUUCUUGAUGGUCAAAGUAUGCUACUUUUUAGUUUUUAGGUAUGUAUUCCCAUUCAUAUACAACAUAAAGUUAACAUGGGUCUGGUUCUGCUGAAAUUAUUUGAAUCCUGUUUGUGAUUGUUGUUUUAAAUUUUCUUCUUCUUUUUGUCUUUUAAAAUGUAUGGCCAGUUUAAAGUUGUGGUGCUAGAAACGAUUAUUUCAUGAGAUUGACCACUCAGAGAAGCUCUUUAAGUGGCAUUAACCUGACAUAGAAGAUAACUGUGGGGAUUCAAUACUAUCCUAUGGUUUUACUAUUUAGAAUGCCUCUUGAUGCUGAAGGCGAUGAGAUCUUUUUCACGAUGGAGAAUGUCUUUAAUAUAAUGGAAUAGCCUGAAGUGAUUUUUUUUUCAGUCUUGGUGAAGUACAUUGAAAAAGACUUACCUACAGAAUAUUCAAAAGAACUGUUUUCUGUGCUUUUGCUUUAAAGAGAAAAAAGGUUCCCUGUAGAUGUGUCCCUUGGGUUUAAUGAGAGGUGAAGAAAAUAUAACACGCAGGGGAAGCAUACGGUCACAGUUUCCAAGAUGUAAAUUACUGUUGCAUUUUUUUCUUACUUGUUUCUUGAUGUUAAUAUGGAUGUAAAUACAAAUUUCUAUUUAAACAUUA